AAAAUAUCCAGCAUACAAAAAGCAAAUUAGUUAAACCGUAGACUUACGCUGUCGAUGUCGCUCCGGGGACGAAUGAAUUCUAAACAUUUUACCACAUGGCGUGUCACGUGUUGGUGUUGCUCGCGAUGGCGGCGGCAGUGUCCGGAGAACUGAGUCUGUGCAAGCGCCACGUGUACCUCGCACGCGCCGAGCAGGCGGACGAGAACGGCAGGAAGUGCUGGGACCACGUCAAGGUGCCCACUUGUGGCGGCCGCUGCGAUUCUAGAGAAGUUUCCGACUGGCAGUUCCCAUUCAAGAAGUCCCACCACCCAGUGUGCGUGCACGGGUCCCGGCGCCCCCUGGUGGUGAAGCUGCGACACUGCGACGAGGGCGCCGCUAAGGGGACCGAGGUCUUCCACUACAUCACUGCUGAAGAAUGUCGUUGCAUGAUUUGUUCAUCACAACACACAAGCUGCGAAUGGUUACCACCGCAUUCGACCAUUUUCGAAGGAUUUAUGGACAACACAGAAAAAGAGCUUGAAUGAAAGUAUUACUUAACAACUAGAAGUAGCAAUGCACAAGAGAAGUUUCCAAAAUGGCGAAUGUUCACAUAGCGAGUACCUACAUAACUGCAACUUGUACCUACAUAGAACUAGAAACUGCGAUAGGAAUACCAUAAUUUGAAGUAGUAUGCUUGUUUGUAAUCUAUACAGGGUCUAAUUAUACGCACCCUUUAAACUGACCAACAUUUGUUCAGCGACUUUUAUAAGUAAGUUGUAUUUUAAUUUUUAGCAUAGUGUAAAGUUUAUUUUAACAUGCAAUGACAUCUAAACUGCUGACGGCGUAUC